AUGUUCCUGAAUAUAUUACCAUACCUUUUUAUUUUUCUAAUAUUUGUUUCAACUACUUAUACACAACAAUUUCAAUGGAUAUUACUUAGCGAUGGUUCAAGUAUGGAUACACCAGAUCCACGACGUGAUGCUGCACUUGGUUUUGAUCAAACAUUUCUUAUUUUAUACGGUGGUCGAACUGAAACAGGAAUGCCUCUUCAAGAUUGUUAUUCAUUCAAUACUCUAACAGGUAUACUAUUUAAAAUAAUUCAGAUCACAUCAAUUAAAUACGAAUUUUUAGGUCAAUGGGAUAAGCUUACUUUUCCAGCUCCACCAUCUAGUCGUUAUGGUAUGGCAUCGGCUAGUUCAAUAAAUGGUGGUUUAUAUAUAUUUGGUGGUUUUGGUUUACAAGGUUCAUCACAAAAUUAUAAUCCAUAUUUAUCUUAUGGAGCUGGUAAUCAACAAGUUAUAAAUUAUAAUUAUGCAACACCACCUAAUUUUAUGCAAAAUCCAAUAUUAAUGAAUAAUCCUGAUUUUGUAAAUAAUCCAAAUUAUAAUCCAAUGAGUGGAACUGGUUAUAAUGGUGUUAAUAAUUAUAAUGAUAAUGAUGAUCGUAUUGAUGAAAAUUUUUAUCCAGUACAAGAUGCUUGGUUUCUCAGUUACGCUACAAAAACUUGGCAACAAACUCAAACAUCACAAUAUGCACGUGGAUUUGGUUCCGCAGCUGCAUCACCUUAUAUAAGUGGUAGUGUACCAAAAGUUGUAUAUAGUAUGGGUAAAUCACGUGACUGGAUGUAUUCAACGGUUGAAACUAUUGGCGAAGGUACAUCAGGCCUUAGUCAAUCGGGUACAACUCAAUCAGCAAUAAUUAUGUAUGAUUUAGCAUCGUAUAGUCCAGCUUAUCCACAUGCUCGUUAUGGACAUUCAACAGCAUUAUUAACAGAUAAUCAUCUUUUACUUUAUGGUGGUUGUUUAAGUGGUUAUGCAAAAGGUGGUCCAUGUCCAUCCAAAGAUUCCUGGUUGUUAUAUAUUGAUCGUGGACAUUGGGAACGAUUAGGUGAAUGUCCAACAACAAAAACAGGUGCUGCUAUGGUUACACUUCCAUCGUAUAGUGCAUGUGCUGCAAUGGGUCAAGGAUCAGUAGAAACAUCAGCAAGUAUGAAUGCUGGAAUGGAUCAACCCGUAGCUGUAUUAUGGAGUGGUCGUGAAUCUAAUCCAUCUUCAAUUCGAACAUAUCCAAGUCCACGUGAUGAAAUAGCUGUAUUUAGUUUAAGUCAAAAAGAAUGGUUUUUAAAAAGAGCAGCUCCAUCACCCGCCGAUGGUAGUUAUCCAAUGCAAAGAGAAGGUUCUGCUUUUGUUGCUGGAUGUUUUCAAGGUGUACCUGGUAUGUAUGUUUUUGGUGGACGAGCUACAGCUGAUCGUCGUUUACUUCAUGAUCUCUGGUUCUUACAAGCAUCACCACAAGAUGCAUUAAAUGCACCUCGUACACGUGGAUGUACUUAUCCAUUUUCAUUUUAUCAUCUUCAUGGAGUAUUUCAAUUUUUUACUUAUGGUAUCAUUUUUCCAUUUGGUUAUAUUAUUGGUCGACAUACCGGAAAUUUACCUAUCAAACGACGAUUACAUAUGAUUUUACAAAUCUUUGGUGUUGCAUUAGCUAUAUGUGGUUUUUCUUUUGGUGUACAUUCUGUUCGUGCACCAUCAUGGCUUCAUUUUCGACAUGCUCAUGCUAUUAUUGGUAUUAUUACAUUUAUAUUAACAAUUUUCCAAUUUAUUGUUGGCUUAACUGGUGCUAUGUUUCUCAAGAGACGUGCAGAUAAUAGAGAACGUCUUACUGAAUCAAGUCAUAAACUUAGUCAAGAUGGAUUCCAUCAAGAUACAUGGGCUGGUGAAGGUGCUUGGCGUAUUGUUCAUCGUAUUUUAGGUUCAAUUGUAUUAGCACUUGGAUUAGUAAAUAUAUCAUUAGGUGUUUUUCUUGCUGUAUUACCAUUACCAGUUUGGGUUGUUUGGUAUAUCUAUAUGAGUCUUCUUGUAAUUGGUCUUAUUGUAAUGGAAAUUGUUGCACUUCGUCGUGAACGUGGAUCUCCUGCAGGAGGUGCACUGAAAAGACCAGGUAAAAAAAUAUAAGAAAAUAUUUCUUUGUCUUUUUAAAGAAAGCUUAACAAUUUUAUCAUACAAUACAGAGAAAAUGAUCGAAUAUACGAUCUAUGAAAAUAAUAAUCAUAGUGAGUUUGAUUUUUAGAAGUAUUCUUUUGUGUUUAGAUGUAUAUAUAUAGAUAUGAUAUUUGUUGUUUUCUUAUUUUUAUUUUUUUUU